AAACUAUAAAGACAAGAAUUGGUGAAGUGGUUUACUUUCCAAAUGUGAAAAAUAAUCUAGCCAAGUAAUUAGUGAUUUUUUUAAAUGCAAUCCAUUUAUAAUACCAGUAUUGUUCAUACACUAUGUACAAUGUACAAUAUACGCGCCUCCGCCUAGACGUGCACGUGGACGACAAAAAUAACUUUGGCGUUCAUAGAAAGCUUACGGCACUAAAGAACAAAAUGCAUUACUACGAUCCAAUGCUUGCAUACCGGUGAGCUUAACUGAAAAUUGUAAAAAAGCUUAUAGGCAAACAUAAGGGAAACCGGGACGUUUUCUAGUAAUUCCUGUAGACUAAAGUGAUACGACGAAGUAUGACGUAGAUCAAUCACGAUUAAUUAGAAUGGCAGUAUUACGGGUGUGUUUAGGAAUACUACUUCUGACGAGUAUGCUAAAUGCAAUCGAAUCCUCCCACAACCGAGUUUCAGGAUGGAAAACUAAACGCGCGGCUCAUUAUGAUCCAUGGACGCCUCCGAACAUCAUGGUGCGAACAACCCCAAAUCGAAAACCAUCGUCCAUGCUUUGGCAGCCCAAUCAGGUACAAAUACAGGGGCCUUACUACAUUCCCAUAUGGAGAUCUCCAGAGAAGCCGACUAUCUAUUCUCCAUCUCAGGCCCUCUAUUUAAACCCCGGUCUUAUCAUUAAUAACAAGUACCUGCCGACAGCUGGGAAAAACACUAUCGUACCCAUACCCACCGAUUACAAAUUGGUAGAAGAUAGACCAAUUUGGGGUACGGUCGACGAGCCCGCAACUCCCGUAACGGUGAAACCCACAAGAAAAUCGAGGUUUCAGAUAACCCAUCGGCCCUUAGUAAAACCGACCGACAGCAAAACCACGAACAACGCGAUUACGGUGGUUGAAAACCAGCCUCCUGCACCUUCAAUCGGGAGUCAACCCAGCCGAUGUGUCUGGGCCAUCAUAUCCUGUUGUUCGGCAUCAUCCAAUACAGUCAGCUACGAUUGUUUCGAACAGUUAGGGUGUAAUGGGCCGUUCUGGGACAACAGCCCUUGUGACGGUGGGUUCGCACGCCCAGCUAUCUCGACUGCUAUGAACUAUUAUCAAACAAGAUAAACAGUAAUGUUUAUUUAUAGGCGGCUACAUGUUCCUUCCAGAGAACUAUCUGUAAUUAUAGUAAUUUAUAACUAAUCAUUUAAUUUGAAGAUGUCCAGUGAUAAUAUCAUUAAUUUUAAAUCGUUCGGCUCUUUAUGUGAAUGACGUAAAGAUCCUCUCCUUGUUUAAUAAAACUUAUUUUAUUUCAUA